UGGGCUACAGAGAAGCAGCACUGGACUGUUGCUCAGUAAGGUAUCUGCUGAUCCAAGAUGAAGAUCGCUGCCAUCCUUCACCUUUGCAUGACCCUCUUCCACCAGGGAUACAGCAACAACCUGGCCUCAUGUCAGGGUCGUUGUGGGUAUGGAACUGACAGUGGUUACCCCUGUCAGUGCAACACCGCGUGUGAGAGGUACAAUGACUGCUGUUCCGACUAUUUUACACUAUGCAAAGCUGCUUCUGGUGCUACUAUCACUGAUGCUGAGCUCAAGUCUCUGUCUGAGACGCUUUACACUCUGGACUCAAACAAGGCCUCAGCCUCUCAGCUGGUCAUUGACCCUCAAGCCCUGGUGCCGGACUCACAGACCAGCUCCCAGUCGGAUCUCUCCCCCGGGAAGUUGUUCAAGUCCCUGGAUGAAAACACUCUGUUUUCACGCCCAACCUAUGCAGCCUUGCUGAAUGUUCUGGACAACUACAAGAGGAUGACAGGACAGGCAGAGAGCUUCAGCUCUCAACAGAUAACUGAGCAGGAGACGUUCCUCAAGGAAACUAUGUUGAAUACCAAGCUGGGCAGAGAGCUGUAUGGUUUUCUGUACACCAAGGGUAUUUAUGGGUCAGAAUCAGAGUUUAUUGAGGACUUGAAGAAUAUGUGGUUUGGUCUCUAUUCCCGCAACAACAACGUCUUGGACUCCAGCGGAUUUGAACACAUCUUUGCAGGUGAAAUCAAGGGAGGAAAGGUGUCUGGUUUCCACAACUGGAUUCAGUUUUAUCUUAAUGAGAAAAGAGGGGUGCUUAACUACUACAGCCACAGCUUCAAUGGACCUUGGUCCAAUUAUCCAGAUGUUUUGGGGCUGCAGUUCAUGUGGGAUGGCUACUACAAGCAGGUGGGCUCUGCAGUGAUUGGUUCCAGCCCUGAGUUUGAUCUCGCCAUCUACACCCUCUGCUACAUUGCGCGACCUGGAAAACAGUGCCGCCUCAGUCUAGGAGGGACUGAGCUCAUCAUUCAAACGUACACCUGGGAUAACUCUUCAUAUGGAAAUGGAAAGAAGUAUAUCGCUUCGGCCUAUCCUGCAUCAAUGUAAUGUUAACAAACGAACUGAUACAGAAAUUAGCACAACUGUAUCACCCCAGAACCAUUUUACUCCUAAAUGCCAAAAUAAAACUAAAAUAAUCUGAA